AUGACUAUGGAACUUGCUCAGCAAUACGGUCCCAAAUACCAAGAUCCUGGGGGAAAAGAGGCCUUGAAACGGGAGCCGGUGCCACCUCAACCCGAUGGUCGAGCACGUUCGCACCGCCUACUGCAAGGCGAGCGGCAGAGUCUGGGAUUGAAGGCCAACACGGAAGAAUAUCAGAGCCAAUCCUCCGAGCCUACGGGGUCGAGCAAGUCGUCUUCGGAACCGUCCAUCACAAAACCCCUGCCGGCUGCACCGUACCACGUUCUAGAGAAAAGACAGAAGAGAGUCAUUGUCUACCUCAUAUCCAUGGCCGCUUUUUUCUCUCCUCUAUCGUCCAAUAUCUAUCUCCCAGCAGUCGAUCAGAUUGCAAAGGAUCUUCAUGUCACUGUCGGCGCUGUCCUCUUAAGCAUUACUGUAUACAUGGUUGUACAGGGGCUGGCACCCUCUUUUUGGGGGGCGCUUGCGGAUUCAAGAGGCCGGAGACAGACUCUGAUAUACACAUUGACAUCAUAUUUGAUUGCGAAUCUUGGGCUUGGGUUGACGCCCAACUUCUCCGCUCUUAUGGUAUUCCGUGGCUUGCAGGCAUUCGGGAGCUCGGCCACAAUUGCAAUAGGCUCUGGUAUCAUCAGUGAUCUUGCAGAACCUGCUGAACGUGGUGGCUUCGUUGGGGUCUUCAGUGGAAUGCGUAUGCUCGGUCAAUCCGUCGGCCCUGUGGUUGGAGGUACACUCACUCAAUUUCUGGGCUUCCGUGCCAUAUUCUACUUUCUCCUUAUCCUCGGAGCGGUUGUUGUUACGAUCAUCAUCUUGAUCCUUCCGGAGACGCUACGGUCCAUUGCCGGAGAUGGAAGCGUCAGAUUAAGAGGUUUUCUGUAUCGACCAGUGCUUCCUCUUCUUGUGGAUGAGCCAACAGGCCGAACGGAAGCGGAUCUCGGCGGCCGAGCAGCCUUUUCCUGGGCCGCCGUAUUUCAACCUCUGAAGAGCUUGUUGGCUAAGGACGUCUUUGUCACGCUCUUUUUUGGGAGCAUCGUCUACGCAGUCUGGAGCAUGAUGACUGCCAGUACCACCAAACUUUUCAAAGAACAUUACAACCUAAGUAACGUGCAGCUGGGUUUGGCCUUUGUACCCAGUGGACUUGGCUGCGUCGUGGGCAGCAUUGCAACAGGAGUUCUCCUAGACCACGACUACAAGAAGACAGAAAAGGAGUACCGCAAACGGCGCAAGCUUCCUCCUUCGACUAAGAUCAACCCAAGAGACUUUUCCGACUUUCCAGUCGAGCGUGCCCGGCUCCGCAAUCUUUGGUGGGUAGUCAUGCUAUUUAUUGGGACUCUCGCCGCAUUCGGGUUCAGUCUCGGUACGGACAUUGAUCUGCCAUUUCUGCUACAGUUCAUCAUCUCCGCCACGGCGACAUCCGUUUUUAAUAUCAAUUCAGCCCUUGUGAUUGAUCUCUUUCCCGGCAAAUCGGCCAGUGCAACGGCCAUGAAUAAUCUGAUGCGGUGUUCUGUUGGUGCUGUGGGCGUUGGAGUGACUGAGCCACUGUUGUCUCUCGUUGGACCCAAGAUUUCCUUUGCGAUAUUGGCGGGAAUCACGGCCGUGUUUUCAUCGCUGGCCUGGGCACAGUCGAGGUAUGGCAUGCGGUGGAGGAUGGAGAGAGAAAAGAAGAGGGAUCAUCAACAAGCAGCUGUUUGA